CGUCGCAAGGACGCGCACCGAGUCAUGUCGUGGCAGGAGAAGAAGUUGGAGUAUGAGACUCGCAUGGCCCGAGCGAGGGGCAAAAAACUCGACACUCUCAAGACCUGCACGAUCUGCGGCGCCGACAAAGCGAAGGCGUGCAAAGGGUGCGGCACGACGGCCUACUGUUCGACGGACUGCCAACGCAUCGAUUGGCGCGAUCGGGGCCACCGGAAGGUCUGCAAGAAGAUCCAGGCCGCGGAGGCGGCGCGGGCGGAAGCGCCGACGCCGUCGCCGUCGCCGCCGCGGGACGUGUUCUACGGCCCCGCGCCGCGGUCGCACGCCGACGAGGUCCGCGCGCGCAUCGCGGCGGAGCACGAGGCGGCCCGCGUGCGACGCGAGGCGAACCCGGAGCGGGAGCCGACGUCGGCACGGCUCGGGUCGCGGUGCCCGAUCUGCCUCGAGGACUGGGACGUCAAUUCUCCGGGCGUGUUUCGCAUCUGUUGCUGCCGGAUGGUCUGCCUAACCUGCGAGCACAAGAUCGAAACCGCGUGUCCCCUCUGUCGUGUACCGCGCGCGAAGGACAUUGCGGAAGAACUCGCGCGUCUUCGCCGCCAUGUGGAGAACGAGGUGCCGGAAGCGAUUACGUGUUUGGGAAGUGUGUACAAACGCGGUUGGUUGGGCCUCGUGAAAUCCGAAAAGAAAGCAGCGAAGAUUUACCGGCGCGCCGUGGAGCUCGGGAAUGUGCGGGCGAUGGUAUUUCUUGGGGAGUUUUACGAGCAUGGAAGUGGCGUCAAGCUGGACAAGAAGAAGGCGGAGCGGCUGUAUCGCGCGGCCGCAGAUCGGGGCGACGCGUGCGGGCAAUCCAGAUUAGGGUUUUUACUUGAUUCUGAGGAGAAAUUUGAAGAGGCGGUCCGGUACUACGCGCUCUCGGCGAAUCAAGGCUAUACCUAUGCGGAGAAUAGCCUUGGCUGCUGUUACAUGGACGGAGCAGGCACGGAAGUCGACCUCGGCAAAGCCAGGUACUGGUUCGAGCGCGCCGCUGCCAAGGGCCACGAGAAUGCUAUACAGAACCUCGCGCGCCUCGACGCGCGAGUAUAGCCUAAGUCUUCAUGC